UUGCCGCCCAAGUACCAGUCUUUAACUUGUAGCUUGGGAAGUACCAAACAACGCGUUAAAUCUUCGUUGUUAUAAACACAUCUGCGACGUAUAAGUAGUGAAACACGGUAGUCUUAGAUCGUCUGGAGUCUGCGGGGUGUCAGGGUCGCCAUGCCAGAGGACAAUGAUCUGAUGCCGGGUUUGAGUUCACAGCAGAUGCGCAGCAGCAGUCACCGUGAUGAGUUUGUUCCUCCUGCUGGACUCUGCUGGAUCUCUGUACUGUCCUGUUUACUGCUCGCAUGCUCCUAUGUUGGAAGUUUAUACGUCUGGAAAAGUGACUUGCCCAGGGACCACCCAUCAGUGAUCAAGAGGCGUUUCACUAGUGUGCUGAUUGUAUCAGCUGUUUCUCCACUUUUUGUGUGGGGAUGGAAGGAGUUCACAGGCAUUCAGCCUACUCCUUCCUUAUUAGCUCUCAUGGGAAUCCGAUUUGAGGGCCUCAUUCCAGCCGUCAUUCUUCCCCUCAUCCUGACCAUGGUCCUGUUCCUUGGGCCUCUAAUCCAGUUAGCCAUGGAUUGCCCCUGGGGCUUUAUUGAUGCAAUCAAAGUGGCUGUUGAUCCACGCUUCUGGACAUUAUGUCUGAGUGACAUGCGCUGGCUGAGGAAUCAGGUAGUGGCACCGCUAACAGAGGAGCUGGUAUUCCGCGCUUGUAUGCUACCCAUGCUGGUGCCCUGUACAGGACCAUCCACAGCAAUUUUCACAUGCCCACUUUUUUUUGGUGUGGCACAUUUUCACCAUGUGAUUGAGCUCCUGCGCUUCAGACAAGGGACCAUCUCAGGAAUUUUUCUUUCUGCUGUGUUCCAGUUCUCAUACACAGCAGUAUUUGGGGCUUACACUGCCUUUAUAUUUCUCAGAACAGGUCACUUGGUAGGCCCUGUGCUGUGUCACUCAUUCUGUAACUACAUGGGUUUUCCGGCAUUGAGUUCAGCACUGGAACAUCCACAUCGCCUUACUGUUUUAUUCUUCUAUGUGCUGGGGGUGUUGCUCUUCCUGCUCUUCCUUUUCCCCAUGACUGACCCGUUCUUCUACGGCUGGCCCACACCUGUGUGCACUCUUGCAUCCUCACUCGGCUCCGUCUGCUCCUAGUUUCCCCACAUUGUUCUGCUCAUCUUCAGGACCCGUGUUUUUCCACACCCUAGGGGUCACCUGUGUCACCAGAAUGUGCAUUGUAAUGAAGAUGAUAAGGGCCCUGUGGAAGGAAGGUAUGAAAACUCCCACACUGUAUCUGUGGGCAUGAUGGACAAAAUCUGUGAACUCACCAGAUCACCAGAAUUGUUCUUCCUGCAUGGAUCAGGACAAUCAAAUCAAUAAGUCAGACUCUGGAAGACUUUAGAAAAGACGGGUAUUUAUACAUUGCUGCAUGGUUAUUGCAUUUAUAUGAUAAUAUAUUUGGGUUUAUUUGGAUAUAGUAUUUUUAUUAUUUUAUUGUUCCACUAAGAAGGGUCCUACACUGUAUGUUGCAUCACCACAGGGGAAUGGACUUCUUUUUUUUUUUUUUUUUUUUAUAUUGCUUCAAUUAGCAUAGGCCACAUUGUCUGGUGCUAAGUACUUGAACAACAGUGUGCUUAGAUUUGAUAUGAAAUGUUUAUUUUCAUGAGAAUGUUUUAAAAUACCCUAAUAGAGCAGCUCAUUGACAAGUGCAUUUCAUGGCUCACAUAACUAUAACUUAUUCACAUAAGUUAAAUCAUGGGUUGCAAUUGAAACAAUAAUUUUAAGUAUUGUAAGUUACUUUCAUAGUAGGGGAUAUAUGUGUAACUGACCUCACGCCAGCUUUCUGGAAAAUGGCAGCCAUUUAUAUAUGGAGGAUUUUUAAUAGUAUAUUUGUGACCAGUGAAAUUGCUAGUUACAUAUAUGACUGUGCUUAUAUGAAGUCUGGGGUUGUGUGAAACACCUGGAAAACUCCUUUUUUUUUCCCUCAUAAGUUUUCUGGCAGUUAUCCGAGGUUCAUUAAGUCACAUUUACUCACUUAACCAUUCUAUUUCACCUCUUUUGAUAGCCAAGAGUGGUGUGAAACACCUGAAUAGACAAUGCCAACAAUAUCAUGAGAAAAUGAAAAGUGACACCCACAUAGCUGCAGUACAGACCUUUUGGCACAUCUCAUAUAGAGGAUAUGAUUUUGGUACUGUCUUGUAUCAAAUGGAUGGUGUCAAAUGCUUGAUACCAUCCAGCUUCUGUUUAGACAUUUUGGGGCAGAUGAAUGUAACUGACUGUCCACCUGAUCAUCCCUGAGAGAAAAGUUGCCAUUGGUGACAUUGUAAGACAUUGUAAGACAUUGUAAGGGCUUACCCAAGGAUAUUUUAUGUAAGACAGAGCGAUCUGCUCAACCUCCUGCUACCCAGAUGGUUGAUACUACUGUCCAUCACAACACUGUCUGAAUGGACUUGCAAUAUGGUAUUGUCUAGGAACCAAGAGGAAGAUUUUGAGGACCAGAUGGAUUGUAGUUCCAGCUGGUUUGUGUUUGAGAUUGUAGGAAGCAAGGGUUAGUAUCUCUUUUCAGUUGGACACUAGUCCAUUUAAAAGUUUUGCUAGAAAUACCCUUUAGCUCAUCCAUAUGCUGGAAUUUCUCUCUGAAAGAUAUGCUUGGUUAUGGUGAUUGGUAUGGCUACUGACUGACAACCUUCUUCUGUAAUACCUAGGGAGUUAUGGAGAUAAUUAAUGUGGCUGCUGAAAUAAAGUAAGCAUCCUCACCAUAGUAAUGCUUCACGUACUGGUCUGACAUUACUCAUUGGUGUACUAUGGUGGAAUAGCAUUCUUAGUAAAUCUAAGUUCUAAUGACUACAGUCAAACCAAGCAGCAAGUAUUGUAAGCUCUGAUGGUACGAUCCUUCAUUAGAACUCAUAGAAGCGAGUUGUAUACAUUUGGCCACUGUGCACAUUGUGAUGGUCUUGGCUAUCAGAAGGCACAAGGGUUGACUUUCAUCUGAAAUGGCUAGUCUUAUAAGUCAAAGCUUAAAAGGAAUGUAUGUUAAGGGGCAAGGGGUCAUGUUGUCUUUGUGGCUGUGUAGCUUGAAGUCAUAUAGUCUGUCAUGCUUUGCAUAUAAAAGGGAUGGGUCUUUAUUAACUGGAAAUGGCAUUUGUUUCCAAGUGACACAGGCAUCAGCAUGCACAAUGGUCUUGUGGUUGGUGUCCAGUCAGCGAUAUGUUUUCUAAGCAUCCUGCAUUUCAGCAGGAUGCUCCACAAGUCUUUUUGGUUAAUAAGCAUUGGAUAGAUAAGAGGUAUUUGGGUCUGUCUGCCUAUAGUUAGUGGGAGGCAGGGGAUCACUUUGUCUGCAUUGGAACACCUGCAAUGAACAGUCAAGGACACAAGGAUUUAUUCCACACCACCCUGUGAGUUUAAGAGGAGUGAAAUGGAACCAGUUUAGGCACAACUCGUUUGAAUACAUUUACAUUUGGACAUAAGGAAAACUAUUUUAUUGGUAUGAUCCUCAACCUUUAAUGGUGCAUUUACACUAGGUUUUAAUUCUCAGGCCAUUAAAAUGACGAAGAAAUAACACAAUUACACUGUCAUAUUCCAUACAUAGAAGACCAAAGGCCAGUAUUUAGUUUCUAACUAAUGAGUCAUCUUUUUGUGGAACCCUUAAAAGUUGUUUUAAUGUUUUAUGCAUGAUUGAAGAUGGAAGAAGCUGAUGUAAGCAGUUCUUUAUUAUGAAAUUACAUUCUGGCCGCUACUCUGCAUGCUGCUACACUGUUAGACAGUGGAUUUUGGAGCCGUAAUGAAGCUGACAUGCGUCAUUUGAUAUUGGCAUGAAAUUGAUCUGAUGCAGAAACUGAUUAACUUGUCAUAUUCGAUUUGUAGCUCAGCAUGGAACAAUGCAGACUGGCAAAAGCACAUUUGUUUCGAUCAUAUGGAUAAUGCUGAUAUUUUGCCUACAUGUUAAAUCAUGAUAGAUUCGUCAUCAGGAAUCUGUUUUUCUUUUCUUUAAAAAAAAAAAACUAACAAAAAAAAAAUCCAAAACAUAUUGUUAUAUUUGGGAAGAACUGAAUCAUUGUCCAAAUUUGCCCAUGCUUAUUCAUUUAAUAGAAAUUCACACAAAAGAAAUAUUUAUUCAAAUAGGUGCUAUAAUUUUAGUAGGCUGUUAUUAUGCUGUGAAGCGUGUAGUUAUUACUGUUGUGUAUGUCAAAACUAUUCGAAUUGAACUUCUAGCAAUAAUAAUAGAUGUGACCAAAUCAGGGAUUUACAUGUACUUCAGCUCCAUAUUUAGCCUUUUAUUAGCUGUUGCUGGAUCAUUUUUUUCAAGAAAUGUGCCAUAGUUAAUUUGAUUAAAACUUUAACGCUUGGCUCGACGGGUUGAAAGUUUGAUAUGUGUACCAUCAAGAAUUGACAUGUUUACAUGUGGAGAAAAUUGCUUGCAAAUGCUGAUCUGCAGUUUGUUGCACAAUUGCUUUUUUUGAUGGCAUCAGGUCAAAUGCUGCUUUUGCUCUACUAUGCCUUUUUUUUAGGUCUCAAUCUUCAGAACUGUAUCACAAUAAAAAAAAAAAAACAACAAGCCAUUGUGUAUGCUAAUGGUACCUUCUAGAGCCAAGUAUUUAGAAUUAAGACUUAUUAAAAUUGGCCAACUAGGAGUAUAGGUCUUAAAAUAUACUUAAGCAUUUCUAUUAGUGAAAAUUAGAACAUUUAUAGAAGCUUACUUGUAGAAACUUGUAGUGAAAGGAGCUUGUUACUCUAAUGAUUGAUUAACAAUGGAACUGAAUUCUUUUUGCGUUUUUGUCUAUGCUCAGAAAACGGCAAAAACGGCAUGGACUCCUGCUGCAUUAUCUUGAGAGCGCCUUGGUGUUUAAAAACCUACUGUUCUUUGCCCAAUGUAGCUUUCCGGGGUGUGAUUUGUGUGAUUUUGUGUCUUAAAUUGAUUUAAAGACUUUGUUUUAAGAUUAUUUUCUUUUCUUAUAUUUCCUUUUUAUAUCCUUCAUUUGCUCUCUGGAUGUUUUUCUUAUCUUGUUUACACUGUAGGCUUUUAGAAAAGUGAUUUUGCAAACCAGACAUUUACAUCUGAAGAUUCAAAUCUACACUUGAGCAAAGAUGUUUUUUCUAUACACCCAUUGACAGGAGGUGCAAUAGACAUUAUAAUUUAUUUUUUCAAAUACACACUGCUAUUUACCAUUUUCAUUAGGAUAACAGUAAGCAGGUUACAGAACACUGCUAAACAGAUGUGCUGUUUUCUAAGAAGACUUGUAAUUAUCAAUAGUUCAGAUGUUUAUACUGCUAUAUUUUAUAAUUCAAAUGUAUUUUGGUGUCACAUGGAGGGUUCAUGUACAUUCAAGAUGUUUUUGACCAAGGCCAUGCGAAAUGCAGGUAACACACUAAAGGACAAAUAUUUUUGACAAUCUUUUGCGAAUCUUUCAAAGUCACUCAUCAGAAACUGUUGUUUGCAAAUAAACAGAAUUUAUAAAACAA